AGCGGGGCGGCUUCCACAUUGGGUUCUUGAAGUCCCCUUCCUGGAGGUCCUGCUUCCUUCUUCCCAAUAAUGGCUGCGGCUACAUCUCACCAUACCAUAGUGUCUAUACAAUCCCACCGGUGGAAUGCCAAGAACUCUAGUAUGGAUAAAAGAGCAGCCAAUGUGCGUUUGGUUUCAGUUGCAAGUUGCUGCUCAGGAACCCGAAAAUUGGGUUUGGUUUCUGCGUCGGGCUCAACAUCUUCAGUCAUCGACCCGGUUCGGCUACCCUCGAAUGGCAAGGGUGACUACACAUGCGAAAGUACCCUUAUAUUGAUCCGGCAUGGUGAAUCGAUGUGGAAUGAGAAGAAUCUGUUUACUGGCUGCGUCGAUGUGCCUCUGACACCGACAGGUGUCGAGGAGGCCAUCGAGGCAGGUAAGAGAAUAUGCAAUAUCCCAAUCGAUGUAAUAUUUACGUCAGCAAUGAUUCGUUCUCAGAUGACUGCAAUGCUUGCCAUGAUGCAGCAUCGGCGCAAGAAGGUUCCAAUCAUCACGCAUAAGGAGAGUGAACAACCUCACAGUUGGAGUCAGAUAUACAGUGAAGAUACAAGGGAACAAUCUGUUCCUGUCAUAACAGCUUGGCAAUUGAACGAACGAAUGUACGGUGAGUUGCAAGGUCUUAAUAAGCAAGAAACUGCAGAACGGUUUGGUAAAGAACAAGUUCAUGAAUGGCGUCGUAGUUAUGAUAUUCCUCCUCCAAACGGCGAGAGCCUAGCGAUGUGCGCAGACAGAGCUGUCACUUAUUUCAAAGACCAAGUAGUUCCUCAACUCAUAGCUGGAAAGCAUGUGAUGGUUGCUGCACAUGCAAAUUCACUUCGAUCAAUUAUAAUGCAUCUCGACAAAUUGACUUCUCAGGAGGUAAUAAGCCUUGAGUUAUCAACAGGCAUUCCUAUGCUUUAUAUAUUCAAGGAAGGGGAGUUUAUUAGACGAGGGAGUCCAGCAGGACCUUCUGAAGCAAGCGUUUAUGCUUAUACUAAGAACUUGGCGCAGUACAGACAGAAGCUUGAUAGUAUGGUUCAGUAAAAGGUUUUGUACAUUAGAAGUGGCAGGGAUAUUUGGCCAAUAUGCCAUUGUUUUGCAGAGGUCAGGGAGAUAUUUUAGAUCACAACCAUUUCUUGGU